GACCAGAUCCCUGUCGCGUUCGCGUCGUCGGACAGAGCGAGAGCCGAAGCCCGAUGACGCCAGCAGCACAUCCAACCUUAGCGCCCGAGCGCCUUUAUUCGGCCGGAUUUAGCCUCGUAGACCGAGUCCUGCUAUUUGUCACGGAGCCCAUGAAGCUUCAAAUUGAGCGCAUGGCGCCGAUUUAUGUUGGAAGAUGAUCCGCUAAAUUUUCCGCACCUCAAACAUGUCGGAACCAAAGGACCAGUCGGUAAACGAGCCAACCAUUCCCCCGGAAGGGGGCGUCAAAGGCUGGCUGACCGUGGCGGGUGCUUUUUGCGCCCUCUUCUCUUCAUUUGGCUUUUUAAACGCUAUCGGUGUCUUCCAAACUACCUACCAAGAGACAUCCCUCAAGGACUACGAUGCAUCCGACAUCUCCUGGAUUUUUGCCGUGCAGCUGGCCCUCAUGUGGGCGCCAGGGCCGCUUUGGGGCCGCAUCAUCGACACAUACGGCCCCAUCCCGGUACUCUGGCCAUGCAGUGUUCUGUGCAUUCUGGGCCUGUGCAUGACCAGCCUGGCACACGACUACUACAAUAUCUUUCUUGCCCAGGGUCUCUGCUUUGGCAUCGGAGCAGGCGGGGUGUUCACAUCCGCCAUGAUCUGCGUUGGCCAGUGGUUUGUCCGCCAACGGGGUUUCGCCACCGGCAUUGCUGUUUCCGGUAGCUCUCUGGGAGGUGUGAUCUUUCCGAUCUUCCUCGACCGUGUCAUCAACGACAUCGGUUUCUAUGGUGCCAUCCGGUAUACCGCACUCUUCGUGGGCGUCAUGUUGGUCGUCGCGUGUGCAUUGAUCCGAAGCCGUUUGCCGCGCAAGAAGUGGAACGGGAAAGCGGCAUGGAUUGACCUGGCGUUGUUGAAGGACAAGGCGUUUGGAUUGUAUACCGCGGGCGCAUUCUUCGUCAUGUGGGGAAUAUGGGCGCCAUUCGACUAUCUUUCCAGUAUGGCGAUGAAUGCCGGGUUUUCAUCCACCCUGGCGCUGUAUCUGAUCUCCAUCAUCAACGCUGCCUCCAUCUUCGGCCGAUUAAUCCCCCCUCAGCUAGCCGACAUAUUCGGGCACUUUAAUAUAAUCAGCCUCUGCUGUUUCAGCACCGGCGUCUCCAUGCUCUGUCUCUGGCUCCCAUUCAAUUAUCAUCCAUCGCACGCAGGAAUCAUCGUCUUCGCCGCCGUGUACGGCUUCGUGAGCGGCGCGGUAGUGUCUCUGUUGAUGCCCUGCGUUGCCAAAGUGGGGGACAUACAAACCCUGGGUCAGCGAUUUGGGACAUUCCAGCUGAUCAUGUCACUGAGUUGUCUGACCGGGUUACCCAUCAUGGGCGCCAUUCUGGAAAAGCAAAACUAUACGGAUUAUUCGGGGUUGCAGCUGUUUGGUGCGUGCUGCGCGCUGCUUGGGUCUGUGUUGAUUGGGGGGUCGACAUUUUUGCUGAGAAGGAUGCGGAACACGAGUAAAAUGUAGUGGACGGGAGGAUCGCUGUUAAACGACGACCACGACUUUUUAAUAUCACUUGGGGCGGAUGGCAGAUGUAAUAUAAUUUAAAAGACUAUAAUCAUAUCAGCAAGUCUCAUGUUGGGC